AUGGUCACAACGAGGCUAACUAUGAUAGAUGCACAUGAAUACAUCUGUACUGUGAAGGAUACAUUUCAGGACAAUCGUGAAAUGUAUGAUACAUUUCUGAUGGUCAUGAAGGACUUCAGAACUACUAGUCUUGCCAUAGCAAAGGUUAAAGACCUCUUCAAGGGACACCGUGAGCUGAUUUUGGGUUUCAAUAAAUUCAUGCCUGAAGAUUACAAAAUAACAUUCGAGAGUGACGAACAACAUGAAAAACCUCCAGUAAAAUUUGUAGAAGCUAUUGAUUUUGUAAAGAAGGUCAAGGCAACGUUACAAAACGAUCAUGCUUUCGGGUCUUUCUUGGAGAUAAUGCAAAUGUUUCGUCAAAACAAGAAGAGUGCUGAUGAGGUCUACCAUGAGGUGUGUGAUGGCCUUUUCCGAGACCAACCUGAGUUACGUGUGGAAUUUACUUACUUUCUCCCUCGUCGUGAAAUGGGGUGGAAGUGCAAUUUGAAUAAACUGGGAUAA